AUGAAGACUAUAUCAUUUAUCCCUUUUUUCUUGGCCAUAAGUGGAGCCAUACCAGUACAUGAGACCCAGAAACGGGAUCCAGGCUGGGAGGCACCAUUCGAUGCCGUCACCAUGAGAGUUAUGAGAAAGAACCCCUCCAGAGAAGAAUACCUCCAAGCAUACCAAUCACGAUUCUGGAUAGGUGGGAAGCCAUCAACUACUUGUCCUGACAACCAAUGCUCUGAAAUGGAUGAGACAGUACUCAACGGAGGCAAGAUGGACUCUUUGAGUGUUGGUGUCGAUGGUGGUCAACGUAUAUAUCUUGACGCAGACGGUGCACUACGAUAUACAUCACCGUCCGACCCGGUAAUGCCUCCAGGCGCAUGCAUGGCCAACCUAAAUUACGCAUACGACUGGGUCUUUGUGCCCAAUCAACCUGGGACAUGGUGGUGGGCAUGCCCCAACUCCGAAAUACGAAAGGACUACUACCAACUAUUUGCCCCGUUCAAAAACAUAACGGUCCCUGGAAUCGAGGACCCUUCGACCUCAUGCUAUAGGGCGGAUGUGGCAGGGUUUGAAUAUAAGGGAACAUUGCCUGCUACAUAUGUGUAUAAUUAA